AUGGCGACGACGAUGUUAGCGGGUGGACUCAUCAAGUCCAAAACAGGAGAAGCUCCGCUACAUUUGGCAGCGCAAAAUGGUCACGUCAGGGUUGUAAACGUUCUGGUACAGGACCAUGGGGCCAGUCUCGAGGCAAUCACUCUCGACAACCAGACGGCGUUACAUUUUGCGGCUAAGUACGGUCAGCUUGUGGUUAGUCAAACGCUGCUCGCCUUGGGAGCCAAUCCCAACGCCCGUGACGAUAAAGGACAAACGCCACUGCACUUGGCGGCUGAGAACGAUUAUCCGGACGUAGUGAAGUUGUUUCUGAAGAUGAAGCAGAACAAUCGUGGAGUGCUGACUGCUAUCGAUCAUAAUGGAUUCACAUGUGCACAUAUCGCUGCUAUGAAGGGAUCACUGGCUGUCGUGAAGGAGCUGAUGAUGAUCGAUAAGGCUAUGGUUAUUCAAGCGAAAACAAAAACUCUGGAGGCUACCACACUGCACAUGGCCGCCGCGGGAGGACAUACGAACAUCGUCAAAAUCCUACUGGAAAAUGGAGCCAGCGCUGAGGACGAAAAUGCUCACGGAAUGACUGCAUUACACUUGGGAGCAAAAAACGGAUUUGUCUCUAUACUCGAGGCUUUUGAUAAGUCGUUGUGGAGACGGUGCUCGAAAAAGACUGGUUUGAACGCUCUGCAUAUUGCCGCCUACUACGGGAACUCGGAUUUCGUCAACGAGAUGUUGAAGAGCGUGCCAGCAUCAAUCCGUUCUGAACCACCGAUCUACAACCAUCAUGUCGUGAAAGAAUUCGCCACUGAGUAUGGCUUCACACCACUGCAUUUGGCAGCUCAAUCUGGCCACGAUUCGCUCGUACGAAUGUUGCUCAAUCAAGGUGUGCAGGUGGACGCGACAAGCACCACCAUGAAUGUGAUCCCAUUGCAUCUGGCCGCUCAACAAGGUCACAUCGCAGUUGUCGGCAUGCUCCUGUCUCGGUCCACUCAACAGCAGCACGCUAAAGAUUGGCGCGGAAGAACUCCGCUUCACCUUGCAGCUAUGAAUGGACACUACGAGAUGGUAUCACUUCUUAUUGCCCAAGGGUCGAACAUUAAUGUUAUGGACCAGAACGGCUGGACUGGAAUGCACUUCGCCACAAAAGCUGGUCAUUUAAACGUCAUAAAACUCUUCGUGAAGAGUUCAGCCGACGAGUUAGCAGAAACAAAAGAAGGAAAGGUACCAUUGUGCUUCGCAGCAGCUCACAACCAUAUCGAAUGUCUUCGGUUUCUUCUGAAGCAAAAGCACGACACCCAUCAGCUCAUGGAAGAUCGCCGAUUCAUAUUCGAUUUGAUGGUCUGUGGCAAAGGCAACGACAACGAGCCACUUCAAGAGUUCAUUUUGCAGAGCCCAGCUCCGAUAGACACUGCUGUGAAAUUGUCAGCUCUAUACAGGGAUAUGUCUGAGAAAGAAAAAGAACGAGCAAAAGAUCUCUCGAACGUGGCUGUGUUCUCUGAGAACAUGGCUGUGGAACUUCUUGGCAUUACCGCCAGUGAGUACAACGCGGCUAUCCUGCUCAAAGCUAAGGACAAUCGAGGACGACCUUUGCUCGAUGUUCUCAUUGAAAACGAACAGAAGGAAGUCGUUUCUUAUGCGUCAGUACAACGAUAUCUCACAGAGAUUUGGACGGCACGAGUUGACUGGUCUUUUGGUGAGUUCUCAGUUUCGAUAGAGUAG